GCGCAGCUAUUCGGCAGCCAGAGUGCUGCUCUGAUGUAUGACCUGUGGGAGGAUGAGGAAGUGUUGGUGUGUUGAUCGCUCGGCGGAGUUUGAAGUGCUCCAACGAAGCAGCCAGAGUUUGGUUUAAAGGGUAAAGAGUCUGAUAGUGAUGGAGAGGUGCUGACAGGGCACGCUGGUGGAUUUGUUCACGGGCCUGACGCGCACACACACACAUACACACACACACAAGGAUCUGGAUACGGAUACAUAGAGAUAAAGGUGUGUGCAGGUGCAGAGGAAGAAGAGGACUUGCACAAUGGCCAGCAAAUAUCACUGGCAGAGUCAGAAUGUCAAACAGAGCGGUGUGGACGACAUGGUGCUCCUCUCCAAGAUCACUGAGGACGCCAUUGUGGAGAACCUGAAGAAGAGAUACCUGGACGACUACAUCUUUACCUACAUCGGAUCUGUCUUGAUUUCAGUGAAUCCUUUUAAACAGAUGCCGUAUUUCACGGAUCGAGAGAUUGAGCUUUACCAAGGAGCUGCCCAGUAUGAAAACCCACCUCACAUCUACGCAUUAACAGACAACAUGUACAGGAACAUGAUGAUCGACAGUGAGAAUCAGUGUGUAAUCAUCAGUGGAGAGAGUGGCGCAGGAAAAACAGUGGCUGCUAAGUACAUCAUGGGCUACAUCUCCAAAGUGUCCGGUGGUGGAGCUAAAGUUCAGCAUGUAAAAGACAUUAUCCUACAGUCCAACCCUCUACUCGAGGCCUUCGGGAACGCUAAAACCGUCCGAAACAACAACUCCAGCCGCUUUGGAAAAUACUUCGAGAUCCAGUUCAGCCGAGGAGGAGAACCGGACGGAGGCAAAAUCUCCAACUUCCUGCUGGAGAAAUCCCGAGUCGUGAGCCAGAACGAGAACGAAAGGAACUUCCAUAUUUUCUACCAGUUGAUCGAAGGCUCUUCAGCACAGCAAAAGGAAGCUUUAGGGAUCAUGACUCCUGACUAUUACACCUACUUAAACCAGUCAGGAACCUACAAAGUGGACGGCACCAACGACAGCAGUGAUUUCCAGGAGACGAUGGAAGCCAUGCAGGUGAUCGGGAUCCCCGGAGAAAACCAGAUGCAGGUCCUGAAUAUAGUAGCUGGAAUCUUACACCUGGGCAACAUCAGCUUCAUCGAGGUGGGGAACUACGGGCAGGUGGAGAGCACAGACUUGCUGGCCUUCCCCGCCUACCUGCUGGGCAUCGAUCAGAACCGGCUGCAGGAGAAACUCACCAGCAGGAAGAUGGACUCCAAGUGGGGCGGCAAAUCCGAAUCCAUCGACGUGACCCUGAAUCAGGAGCAGGCGUGCUUCACACGUGACGCUCUCGCCAAGGCCCUGUUCGCUCGCGUUUUCGACUACCUGGUGGAGGCCAUAAACAAAGCCAUGCAGAAGCCCAUCGAAGAGUUUAGCGUGGGAGUUCUGGAUAUUUACGGAUUCGAGAUCUUUCAGAGGAAUGGGUUCGAGCAGUUCUGUAUAAACUUUGUGAAUGAGAAACUUCAGCAAAUCUUCAUCGAGCUGACCCUGAAGGCGGAGCAGGAAGAAUAUGUCCAGGAGGGGAUCAAGUGGAGUCCUAUUGAGUAUUUUAACAACAAAAUAGUGUGUGAUCUUAUUGAAAAUAAACUGAACCCGCCGGGUAUUAUGAGCAUCCUGGAUGACGUAUGUGCCACCCUGUCUGCCAAGGGAGAGGGGGCCGAUAGCACGCUACUGCAGAAGCUGCAGGCUGCCGUGGGCACGCACGAGCACUUUAACAACUGGAGCUCUGGCUUUGUUAUUCACCACUAUGCAGGCAAGGUAUCAUACGACGUCAACGGCUUCUGCGAGAGGAACAGAGAUGUGCUCUUUACAGACCUCAUUGCACUGAUGCAGAGCAGCGAACACAACUUCAUCCGCAGCCUGUUUCCUGAAAACCUCAACACUGACAAAAAAGGCAGACCGUCCACAGCGAGUACGAAAAUUAAAAGGCAGGCUAACGAGCUGGUGGAUACGCUGAUGAAAUGCACUCCGCACUAUAUCCGCUGCAUCAAACCCAACGAAACCAAGAGGCCCAAAGACUGGGAGGAGAGCCGGGCGAAGCAUCAGGUGGAGUAUUUGGGUUUGCGUGAAAACAUCAGGGUGCGCCGAGCUGGCUUCGCCUACCGCCGAAUUUUCAAGAAGUUUCUACAGAGGUACGCCAUCCUGACCCCAGAGACGUACCCUCAAUGGCGUGGGGGCGAACAGCAGGGCGUCCUGCAUCUGCUGCGCUCCGUGAACAUGGACAACGACCAAUACCAGUUGGGCCGCACUAAGAUCUUUGUCAAAAACCCAGAGUCGCUGUUUCUGCUGGAGGAGAUGCGAGAGAGGAAGUUCGACACGUUCGCCAGAACCAUUCAGAAAGCAUGGAGGAAGUACAUCGCCAGGAGGAAGUACGAGCAGAUGAGAGAAGAAGCUUCUGAUAUUCUUUAUAACUCGAAGGAGAGACGCAGGAAUAGCAUUAACAGGAACUUCGUCGGUGAUUACCUGGGCAUGGAGGAGAGGCCUGAACUGCGUCAGUUCUUGUCCAAGAGAGAGCGAGUCGACUUUGCUGACUCGGUGAACAAAUACGACCGCAGGUUUAAGUCAAUUAAAAGGGAUCUGAUCCUGACCCCUAAGGGCAUCUACCUGAUCGGACGCGAGAAAGUCAAGAAGGGUCCAGAGAAAGGCCAGAUCAAAGAAGUGCUGAAGAGAAAGCUAGAAAUCGGCUCCAUACGCUCGGUUUCACUGAGCACGAGGCAGGACGACUUCUUCAUCCUGCACGAGGCUCAGUACGACAGCCUGCUGGAGUCUUUAUUUAAAACGGAGUUUCUGAGCUUGCUGUGUAAGCGCUAUGAGGAGCAGACCAAGAACAAACUCACACUGUCCUUUAAUGACAGGCUGGAGUUUCGCGUGAAGAAGGAGGGAUGGGGAGGAGGAGGGAGCCGCAUGCUCAUGUUCUCCAGGGGACAGGGAGACGACUCACAGAUCAAACCCGCAGGAAAAACUCUCAAUAUCAGUAUAGGAGACGGACUACCCAAGACCGCAAAACCGACGAGAAAAAGCAUGCAACCCUCUCAAGGAGGCGGAAGACAAGCCCACAACAGAGGUUACCAGAAUGGGGCGGCGCAGUUCUCCCGUGGAAACCCCCGGCCGCAGGAACAGACCUACUCUCAACCGGAUAAGUGGAACCGGCCGCCCAACGCCGCCCUCCCAAAGCUGGGCUCUCAAAAAAACAAGCGAGGAUCAGCAGUCCCACACACACAGCCUUCUAACCUGGACUUCCUCAAUGUACCUGAUCAGGGCGUCUCGGGAAUGCAGCGUAAGAGGAGCAUUAGCCAGCGUCCUCCUCCGGCCCCCAGCAGCCGCCCCAAAGCUGCGGCGCGACCGCAGGGUCCUCGAUGCCGUGCGCUGUAUCAGUACAACGGUCAGGACGUGGAUGAGCUCAGCUUUGAUGUCGGUGAAGUUAUAGACCUCGUUAAUGAAGAUGCGUCUGGCUGGUGGACUGGAAGGUUACGCGGGAAAGAGGGUUUAUUCCCCGGGAAUUACGUGGAGAAAAUCUGAGGCGGUCAAAACCUUUGGCACCUAACAACCUGCCUUUGACCUCUGACCCCUCUUUGUUCAUUCAGCCUCUGAACCUGUCAAGACUUGGGAAUGACGAGGUGAAUGCCUCGGGGAUACAAUCAUUAAGCAUGAUGAAUACAGAGGAUUCACUGGUGCUGAAUUGGAACAUACAUAGACAAUCUGGGUCAGCUCUGGCAGGAACUGGAUUAGACGUAAUCUGUGGACAAAAAUUAUGUUUUAAACAUUUUUUUUAAAAGACAAAGGUUUCCACAAGUGCAAAGGUAUAAUGAAAUUAUGAAUUCUUGAAAAAGUUCUUGUAGUUUUGUGUUUAUCUAAGUAAAGGGGGAGAGUCUGCACUGCUGCUGCACAAACACACGAGCUGGGGGAAUGUCUUGAGCAUACACACACCAACACACACACACACACACAAACAUAAAAGCAGGAAUCCAGUCCCUAUGGGGCAUUUGCUAUUUUUAUAACAGUGUUUAAGUUUGAUGCAUGUUUUUUUUUCCCUGCAUUAAUGCUUCUCCAAGUUUUGAAAAAGAACUAAAUCUCCAGUACUAAUAUUUAAGUAUUACCUUUAAAAAAAUAUCGCUCACUGUAAAUGUCUGUGAUCAUGUUCAACAAUAUUCACCCUGUGUGUUUAACAGAAUGUUUAUCUCAGAGUUUUUUUUACAGCAACAAAAAAAAUUGUAAAUGAUUUUUUUUCCAAAAAUAUGUGAAUAAAUUGAUUUAUUUUCCCCAAAUCUACUCGAUUUAAUUC